AUGUAUUCAGUCGUCGAAGGUACCAGAAAUCUGGUAGAUAAGGUGCGUCAUCGUGUUAUCAGUGGUACUUUUACUGGUAAUCGUUCAUCGUUUGGUUCCACAAUAAAUCUCGCAAAUGAAUGUGGCAUUCCAUCGAGAGCCAACUCGAUGGGUUACACUGAACUAAUGGAAGGUUCAGUGCCUUGUCCAAGUUGUAAGGGCUCUGGGCGAAUCCCGAAAGAAUUAGAGGAAACAUUGGUGGCUCUAAUUCCAGUUAAUGACGAUCGUUUGAAACCGAAAAGAACCUGGCUUUACGUUUUUUGCGUCGUUCUUGGCUGUCUCUCAUUGGCAGGUGUUGUAAUUUUCUUAUUGGUACCACGCGCGAUUUACCUAACUAGCACAAAGCCACCAGUUGAAAUCAUAACAGUUUUUGACCACAUGAGUAAUCAUAUCAGUUUUCAUUUUAUGAACGAAUUCAAUAUAUCCAAUGCAAAUUACUAUUCUGUAAAAGUGCUAAAUUCAUCGGCUACAGUCUUAUCGAAAUUUCAACCUUGGUCAACAGACGUCAUUGGUGUUGGUGGCAACACCACUGAUGUAUUUGUUGGACCAAGAAACAGUCGAAAGUUGCAGUUCAACAAUACAGUGACACUAAAAGGUGGUGUCGCGGAAUACUGUCAAGCGCCAUUUGCGCAAUUGACUUCGCUCUAUGUUAAUAUGCAGUUUGACAUAUCGGUUACAUUGGAAUAUUUAAAUCAUCGUGAGCAGGCAACUCUCUCUGUUGUUCAACAAGUCUGUUGUGUGCCAUCUGGCAACUGUACUGCUACUGAGUGGUGA